CCAUUGCCGUCAGUUCCGCCGCCGCCCGUCCCUCGCGUCCGGCGGCAGCAGGAGGGGGCGGCUCCUGUCCCGGCUCCUGCAGUUGGUGCAAAAUGAGUGUUCCUGACUACAUGCAGUGUGCUGAGGAUCAUCAGACUCUCCUGGUUGUGGUCCAGCCCAUCGGCAUUGUACCAGAAGAGAGCUUUUUUAGGAUCUACAAGCGGAUUUCAGCCGUGAGCCAAGUCAAUGUGCGCGACUCCCAGCGCGUGCUGUACAUCCGCUACAGGCACCAUUAUCCCCCCGAGAACAACGAAUGGGGGGAUUUUCAGACGCACCGCAAAGUUGUGGGGCUGAUAACUAUCACAGACUGUUCUUCUGCCAAGGACUGGCCUCAGACGUUUGAAAAGUUCCAUCUUCAGAAGGAAAUGUAUGGCUCUACGCUCUAUGAUUCCCGGCUGUUUGUCUUCGGACUUCAAGGAGAGAUUGCAGAGCAGCCCCGCACAGAUGUGGCGUUUUACCCCAGUUAUGAUGAAUGUGAAACCGUGGAGAAGAGAAUAGAAGAUUUCAUCGAAUCCCUCUUCAUUGUGUUGGAGUCUAAGCGGCUUGACAGAGCCACUGAUAAGUCUGGAGACAAGAUCCCGCUGCUCUGCGUUCCUUUUGAGAAGAAGGAUUUUGUAGGGCUGGACACAGACAGUAGACACUAUAAGAAGCGCUGUCAGGGCCGGAUGCGGAAGCACGUUGGUGACCUGUGUUUGCAGGCUGGGAUGUUACAGGAUUCCCUGGUGCAUUAUCACAUGGCUGUGGAACUUCUGCGCUCCGUAAACGACUUCCUGUGGCUCGGAGCUGCUCUUGAGGGUUUAUGUUCAGCAUCAGUCAUCUAUCAUUACCCUGGUGGGACUGGAGGUAAAGUUGGAUCUCGUAGAGCACAAGGAGGCUCUCUUUCUGCUGAAGCAGGCAACAGGCACAGACCAGGGGCACAAGAAGUUCUCAUUGAUCCAGGUGCACUGACUUCAAAUGGGAUAAAUGCAGAUACCAGUGCUGAGAUAGGACGUGCCAAGAAUUGCCUUAGUCCUGAAGACAUCAUUGAUAAAUAUAAGGAAGCCAUUUCUUACUAUGGCAAGUACAAGAAUGCAGGUGUCAUCGAACUGGAAGCCUGCGUGAAGGCAGUGAGAGUCCUUGCAAUACAGAAAAGGAGCAUGGAAGCCUCUGAGUUCCUUCAGAAUGCAGUUUAUAUCAAUCUUCGCCAGCUCUCAGAAGAAGAAAAAAUCCAGCGUUACAGCAUUCUUUCGGAGCUGUACGAACGAAUUGGUUUUCACCGCAAGUCUGCUUUUUUCAAGCGUAUCGCAGCAAUGCAGUGUGCUGCACCCAGCAUCCCAGAGCCUGGAUGGAGGGCCUGCUACAAAUUGCUUUUGGAAACUCUCCCUGGCUAUAGUUUAUCAUUGGAUCCUAAAGAUUUCAGCAAAGGAACUCACAGAGGAUGGGCUGCAGUGCAGAUGCGUUUGCUUCAUGAACUAGUAUAUGCUUCAAGAAGAAUGGGCAAUCCUGCCCUAUCCGUCAGGCAUCUGUCUUUCCUUCUCCAGACCAUGCUGGAUUUUCUUUCUGAUCAAGAAAAGAAAGAUGUAACACAGAGCUUGGAAAACUACACAGCAAAAUGCCCUGGCACAAUGGAAUUCAUCACUCUUCCAGAUGGUUUGAAGUUGCCUCCUGUUCCAUUCACCAAAUUGCCUAUUGUGAGAUCUGUGAAGCUCUUGAACCUUCCCACCAGCCUCCGACCUCACAAAAUUAAAAGUCUACUUGGUCAGAAUGUGUCAACCAAAAGCCCCUUCAUAUAUUCUCCAAUUAUUGCUCAUAGUCGUGGGGAAGAGCGAACUAAGAAAAUAGACUUCCAGUGGGUCCAGGGAGAUGUGUGUGAAGUUCAGUUGAUGGUGUACAACCCUAUGCCUUUUGAGCUCCGAGUAGAAAACAUGGGUCUCUUGACAACAGGAGUAGAAUUCGAAUCUCUUCCUGCAGCCCUUUCUCUACCUGCAGAAUCUGGUUUGUAUCCAGUAACUCUUGUUGGUGUUCCUCAAACCACUGGACAGAUCACUAUCAAUGGUUACCAUACCUCAGUGUUUGGAGUAUUCAGUGAUUGCCUUCUGGACAACCUACCAGGAGUCAAGACCAAUGGCUGUACUGUUGAAGUCAUUCCAGCUUUGCCGAGGCUACAGAUCAGUACCUCCCUUCCAAGGUCCGCUCAUACGCUUCAGCCUUCUUCAGGAGAUGAAGUCUCCACUAGUGUAUCUGUCCAGCUUUACAAUGGAGAGACUCAACAGCUGAUCAUUAAGUUGGAAAACAUUGGAACAGAACCAUUGGAGACGUUGGAGGUCACGGCGAAAACAGUCAAUACAAAGGAGAAGCUGUAUGGAGACUUCCUGAGUUGGAAGCUAGAAGAUACGCUCUCCCAGUUUCCUCUGAGACCUGGGAAGAUCGCAACAUUUGUUGUAAACAUUAAAGUGAAGCUGGACUUCUCGUGCCAAGAAAAUCUUCUGCAAGAUCUCAGUGAUGAUGGAAUCAGUGUUAGUGGACUUCCGCUCUCCAGUCCUUUUCGGCAAGUUGUCAAACCAAGAGUGGAGGCUAAACCCAUUAACCCUCAAGAAAGCAGCAAAGGUGGGGACUUCAGUCAUGUGAAGACACUGGAAGCCAUCCUGAAUUUUAAAUACUCUGGUGGACCAGGACACAUUGAAGGAUAUUACCGGAACCUUUCACUGGGUCUUCACGUAGAAGUAGAGCCUUCUGUUUUCUUUACACGUGUCAGCACCCUUCCAGCAACCAGCACCCGGCAAUGUCAUCUACUUCUUGAUGUCUUCAAUUCCACAGAGCACGAGCUGACCAUCAGUGCUAGGAACAACGAAGAUUUAAUUCUGCAUGCUGGAGAAUGUCAGCGUAUGGCUAUUCAAGUUGACAAGUUCAAUUUUGAGAGCUUCCCAGAACCUCCUGCAGAUGGGACACAGUAUGCGAAUGCAAAGCAGCUGGAGGAAGAAAGACAACAGGCAAAAGGUCUGGAAAUUAACAGCAAGCUGGAUAUUUGCUGGAAAAUUCCUUCCUUGAAGCGUGAAGGGGAAGCAAGCGUGGAAGGCGUUCUUAAUCAACUGGUCCUGGAGCAUCUACAGUUGGCUCCUCUGCAGUGGGAUAUCCUCGUCGAUGGCAAGCUUUGUGACUGUGACGUGGUGGUGGACUGCAAAGUCGGUGACCCGGUCCCACUGCAAGUGAAGCUGACCAACUGGAGCAAGCACAGCGUGGGACCCUUCGCGCUCACCAUGACGCCCUACCAGGAUUACCAGAAUGGGGUGCACAACUAUGAGCUGCAGGAUGCCAUCACUUUUGUGGGAUCCAACACCUUCUACAUCGAUUCUGUAAAGCCAACCAAAGACUCUGUGUACUUUGGAGCACUUCUUUUCCUCUACACGGGCGAUUUCUAUCUGAAUAUCAAAUUCCAUGAAGACAACUGCAGCAAGGAGCUGCCUCUCUCCUGGUUCUGCCUUCCUAGUGUCCACAUCCGUGCAAUGGAGCCCGUGGCCGAAGCUAAGCUGUAAAUGUGCUGUGUGCUAUUUGAUUAACAACAGUGUGCAGAAACGCUUGGCACAUCCUCUGCUUGACCCCAGCUUGUUUCUGUCCAACCCCAGGCCACAGUCCCUAUUUUGGAGGAACAGCUGAAUGCUUUCUGAAUUCUGAUAGUCGUUUGGGCAGCUGCUAUUGCUAAUUUAAGAGAGAGAGACAGAUUAUAACCAUGCUAGAGUUUUCCUGAUUCCAAAAAAUCUUUGAAACUGCUAAUACAUGCAUCAUACUUUCAUAAAACCUAUUGAGAGCAGUGGAUUUGGGAGAGCCUUAAGUGCUAAAUUUAAGAAGGUUGAACUUAACCAUGUGUUUGAAGGUCUCUGCUCCAACUUAAAUAAUCCCCUUUUAGCAUUUCAACAAGAGUUGAAAUUUCUGUAUGAAUUUCCUCCUGGCUUACACUGGAUUUACAUUACCCUGGGAGUGAGGUUCUCUGUCAGAAUAGUUCUCAGACUUGUUGUAGUUCACUUUUCUGCUGAGUAUUGGGUGUCUUUCAUGGUAAAUAGGAGUAAAGAUGCCUUUUCCUGUGCUACUGAAAGUAAAAAAAUAGUAAACAUGCCUUCAGUUAUUCUGUUCACCCCCUGAGCUGAGUGCCACUUGCUCCUGGUAGAGUCACUGCCUUUGCUUCAGUAGAUCUAUUAAGAAAUGAGAAAAGGCAAUGGGAAGCUAAAGAGUUUGUCCUUGAGAAAGGAAAUAAGUCAACUUCUGGGUUGCCUGGGGCUUGCCUGUGAAUUCGGGCUUUCAUUGUUCUGUUUUAUACAAUGACAACAGAUUGAAAUGUUUUCAGAGCUUAAAGAACCACCAGAAUUAAUCAGCUGGCCAUUCUUAUCACUUUGAAUCAGUUUUUGCAAACUCAUCGGAUCUGUUUUUUCAUGCCAGUAGACUGGCUUUGAUUGUGUGGUUGGGUUGUUGGUUUUUUUUCCCUUCUUUUGUUUAUUUUGUUGUAGUUAGUAAGACUAAUUAGUAGGUAAUUAAGGGCGUGGAAUUCCUGAUUCAUGGAACUCCAUGAUGAGUCUACUGAAGAUUCAACCUGUUGUCUUUCAGAAAAACAUUCUUGUAGAAAGAAACCCAAACUUUCCCUGUGUAAUGCAGGGAGGUGUCUGAUCUGUAUGAAUGAGUUUCGAACCUCUCUGAAUCUUUCCUUAAAUUUACAGCCUGCAGCUCUUCGUGGUAGAUUAAUUUCAGGGAUGAAUACACCAAGAUGCAGCAGCAGUGCUCAAAUUAGCUCUAUAAGUGCAACCCCUUAGCAAUUUUUUUUUAGUAGAUUUCAUCCUAAGGUGGACCCACCUGGCCUGGCCCAUCCUGGUCAUGCUUGGAUAGCUGCUCAUUCUGGCUCUGCACUGUGCUCAGUUGUACUCUUAGAUGUGACUGGUGCUUUCCUUAGGAACACAACAGUGCUCAAAACUCAAUUCAUUGCAUGUUUGCAAAUGACUGUAAUGUAUCCAUCCUCACUGUUUUAUUAUAAAUUGAGGAAAGUAUAUAGCUCUAGCAUGAUAGCUUGUGUUUCCAGUGUAUACAGGGUAUUAUCUCCACAACUGUAUUGUGAGAAUGUUGUCAGUGUUUGCUCCUGAGCUGUGGCUCUGUACACAGAGUGGAAGUCUUCAGACUUAACAUGUUGGAAAUCAGAGACCAACUGAAGAUUUACUAGCAGUGAUGUACUGCUCUGUCAGCUGCCAGCACACAGUGUCCACUAACAGAACUCUUCCUUUGAUUGCACAGUGGCUCUGGGCCAGAGUCACCCUUGGAAAGAGGGUCAAAGGCAGCCAAGCUGGGCAUGUGUUUUUGUUGGUGGAGGUUGGUUGACUAGUUCUGUGCCAUAAGGCUGAAUUCUCUGUCACUGCAUAGGCAUAUACACAGAAAAAUAGCAUCCCAGGAGAUCAGGAAUUAAACCAGUUAAUCUUUUCCAUAAAAGCUUACUUUUGACAUGUGUCUCUCUGCUAUGUUACACAACAUUGUUGCAGCAAAAUCCAAAUUGGGUUUCAUUCAGUAUUCCCAGCAGGUAAUCUGCAGAUGCUAGGAAUACAGCUACGACUAUGGAGGGACCACAUUGCAUUUGAAACAAAAAUACUGCGAAGCAGAUGCUGUGCAGUCAGGGUGCUUCAGCUUACCCAGCAAGGGAUCAUUUCCCAGCAUGUUUUUGAGAGUGUUCUCUAAGAGCAGUGGGCAUUGCUCUUGUGAAGCCUGUACUGAGCUGCAACACUCCUCUGCCCUUUAUACAAAGGGGUGAUCCCCAGCCCACUGAAGCUGCUGGAAUGGGAACAGGUUUUAUUAUAGCAAAAGAUAGCUGCAUAUUUCCUAGGUUUCCAACAUGCCAUUAUAAAUCUGCCAUUUGUGCUCAUAAAUAUGUGUUUUAUGAGUGAGCUGAUUCUUAAUGGUCUAUCUGCUCAUUAUAUAGCACACCAGUCUGUCCCUUGUCAACUUUGAGACUUAGCUGCUUUUGGCAUUUAUGAUACCUUUCCCAAUUUCCUUACACUUCUACUUGUCUUGGUGAGAGAGAUGAAACACAAGAAAUUCUUCCUUCUGGGGAUCAUUUGUGACUUGACCAGAAGUUACAGUCCGUGUAAUUUGGAGAAGUGGUAAGAGAAGGCACUUGAAAUGAGAAUACUGCUUUUGGUUUUCUUUUUAAUGGAAGCUUUCAUUGGAAUUGCUGUCAAGAUCAGUCUUUGCAGUGGCCUGAGUAAAGGAUGAUACUUUCCUGAUGUGAUCUCCUUUUCUUUAAUGGAAAAUUUGUUUUUCUUUCUCCAAACCACCCAGAUAUUACUUUGAACACGAUGAGCCAAACUGCAUUGAUACACAAGCUGGUAUGAUCCCACUUGGUUGAAUUAAAUCAUUCCUAAUAUAAUCACCAUUGCUGAGAGCAGGAGUUGCUUCAGUUUAUGUAUGCAUUGGAGAAACUUAAGUUAUGUAAAUCUAAUUAUCUGAAUAAAUACUUGUGUUAUUUCCA